GAAGGCAUCAAGUUGUAAUUGAAAUCCAUUUUUAGCAAAAUGCUUAAUAGUGCGUUGUUUUUUCUUUUUAGGUAUUGCACUCUCAGUCUCGCCAUGUUGAAGUUAGAAUGGCCUGUAUUCACUAUCUUCGGGAGAACAGAGAGAAAUUUGAAGCGUUUAUAGAAGGGUCGUUUGAAGAGUAUUUAAAACGUUUGGAAAAUCCACAGGAAUGGGUAGGACAAGUGGAAAUAAGUGCCCUUUCUCUUAUGUACAGGAAAGAUUUUGUAAUUUAUCGGGAACCAAAUGUUUCUCCUUCACAAGUAACUGAAAAUAAUUUUCCUGAAAAGGUGUUACUAUGUUUUUCCAAUGGAAAUCAUUAUGAUAUUGUCUAUCCCAUAAAGUAUAAAGAUAGUUCUGCUAUGUGUCAGUCUCUCCUUUAUGAAUUGCUGUAUGAGAAGGUAUUUAAGACUGAUGUUAGUAAAAUCAUGAUGGGACUAGACACCUCUGAAGUAACUGAUGAAAACAACAGCGAAAUAUCCGAUUCAGAGGAUGACAGUUGCAAGAGUAAAACUACCACUGCUAAUGAUGUAAAUGGAUUUAAACCUUUGUCAGGCGAUGAGCACCUGAAGAACAAUGGGAGCUCUUCUAGCCUGCCUUUAUCUAGAAAGGUUCUUAAGUCACUUAAUCCAGCAGUAUAUAGAAAUGUCGAGUAUGAGAUUUGGCUAAAGUCUAAACAAGCUCAACAAAAACGUGAUUAUUCCAUUGCUGCUGGUUUACAAUAUGAAGUUGGAGAUAAAUGCCAAGUUAGGUUGGAUCACAAUGGAAAGUUUUAUAAUGCAGACAUUCAAGGGAUACACUCUGAAAAUGGACCAGUUUUGGUUGAAGAACUGGGAAAAAAACCUACACAGAAGAACCUCAAAGCACCUCCCCCAGAAAGCUGGAACACAGUGUCAGGAAAGAAGAUGAAAAAACCUUCCACUUCCGGACAAAAUUUCCAUUCUGACAUGGAUUACAGAGGGCCAAAGAAUCCAAGCAAGCCAAUAAAAGCCCCAUCAGCACUACCUCCUCGCCUGCAGCAACCUUCAGGAGUAAGACAACAUGCGUUCUCUAGUCAUUCUUCAGGGUCCCAGUCUCAGAAAUCCUCCAGUGAGCACAAAAAUCUUAGCAGGACACCCUCACAGAUCAUAAGAAAACCUGAUCGUGAGAGAGUUGAAGAUUUUGAUCAUACAAGUCGAGAAUCUCACUAUUUUGGCCUCUCCCCAGAAGAGCGCAGAGAGAAGCAAGCUAUAGAGGAGUCUCGUUUACUCUAUGAGAUUCAGAACAGAGAUGAACAGGCUUUCCCAGCUCUUUCUAGCUCAUCAAUGAGUCAGUCCGCUUCUCAGAGUAGCAACCCAUGUGUUCAGAGAAAAUCAUCGCAUGUAAGUGAUAGGAAAGGAAGCAGGCGGAGAAUGGAUAUAGAAGAACGAAAAGACAAAGACCCUAUCCAUGGACAUAUUCACUUGGAUAAAAAGCCUGAGUCAAGCACAUUGGAGAAUACCAGUGAUGAAAAAUGUACAAGAAUUUCAUCACCAUCAAAGUCAAAGAAAUUAGAGUGCCCAUCUCCUGCAGAACAAAAGCCAGCAGAACAUGUGUCUCUUUCGAAUCCAGCUCCCCUUUUAGUUUCUCCAGAGGUACAUCUAACUCCUGCGGUGCCUUCUUUACCAGCCACUGUGCCAGCCUGGCCAAGUGAGCCUACAACUUUUGGACCAACAGGUGUCCCUGCUCCGAUUCCUGUUCUAUCAGUGACACAGACUUUGACCACUGGACCUGAUUCUGCUGUGUCUCAAGCUCAUUUAACACCCUCUCCAGUUCCUGUGUCAAUUCAGGCAGUUAACCAGCCCUUGAUGCCUUUGCCUCAGACACUGAGCCUUUAUCAAGACCCACUCUAUCCUGGGUUUCCUUAUAAUGAAAAGGGAGAUCGAGCCAUUGCACCACCUUAUUCACUGUGUCAGACUGGGGAGGACCUGCCUAAAGAUAAGAACAUUCUUAGAUUUUUCUUCAAUCUUGGAGUGAAGGCAUAUAGUUGUCCUAUGUGGGCCCCACAUUCUUACCUUUACCCUUUGCACCAGGCCUACCUGGCAGCCUGCAGGAUGUACCCAAAGGUCCCAGUACCUGUGUAUCCUCAUAAUCCUUGGUUCCAAGAAGCUCCUUCUGCUCAGAAUGAAAGUGAUUGUACUUGUACCGAUGCACACUUUCCUAUGCAGACUGAGGCCAGUGUUAAUGGUCAGAUGCCUCAGGCAGAUAUUGGACCACCGACAUUUUCUUCACCUCUGGUUAUCCCUCCAUCUCAGGUGUCUGAAAGUCAUGGACAGUUGUCUUACCAGGCUGAUCUUGAAUCUGAGAACACUGGGCAGCUUCUUCAUGCUGAAUAUGAAGAGUCACUAAGUGGCAAGAACAUGUAUCCACAACCGUCCUUUGGACCUAAUCCAUUCUUAGGCCCAGUUCCCAUUGCACCUCCUUUCUUUCCUCAUGUUUGGUAUGGAUACCCUUUUCAGGGGUUCAUAGAAAAUCCUGUAAUGAGGCAGAAUAUUGUCCUGCCUUCUGAUGAGAAAGGAGAAUUGGAUCUGCCUCUGGAAAACCUGGAUCUCUCUAAAGAAUGUGGUUCAGUCUUAGCAGUAAAUGAAUUUCCAGAAGCCAGGGGUGAAGUUGUACACACUCUCCCUGAAACAAGCGUGAGCAGCAAACAUGAAGGCCGAGCAGAGCAGUCAUCCCAGACACGAAAGGCAGAUCUGACCCUGGCUUCUGCACUUCCUGGAGCAGAGGGAAAGUCUCAUCUUCCUUCUCAGAUUCUAAACAGAGAAAGAGAAACUGUGCCUGUUAAACUUGAGCCUAAGAGGACCAUUCAAAAUCUGAAAGAAAAACCAGAGAAAGUAAAAGAUCCAAAGACUGCUGCCGAUGUGGUAAGUCCUGGGGCCAACUCUAUGGAUAGCAGAGUGCAAAGACCAAAAGAAGAGAGUUCAGAAGAUGAAAAUGAAGUGUCUAAUAUUCUGAGAAGUGGCAGAUCCAAGCAGUUCUAUAAUCAAACUUACGGAGGCAGGAAGUACAAAAGUGAUUGGGGCUAUUCUGGUAGGGGCGGAUAUCAACACGUGAGAGGUGAGGAGACCUGGAAAGGGCAGCCAAGCAGAAGCCGGGAUGAAGGUUAUCAGUACCAUCGAAAUGUCAGAGGACGUCCAUAUAGGGGCGAUAGGAGGAGAUCAGGGAUGGGAGAUGGCCACAGGGGACAACACACCUGAUGGUUGUUGCUCUGAUGUUUUAGAACAGAAGCCCUUUCUUAGGUGGAGUAUUUCUGGAGGCUUUAAAAAAAUACAUUAAAAUAAAAACCCAAAUUGGAAUUAUCUCCUCCCCUCCCCCUUUACCCUCAUUCCCAUUCUGGAUGAGAUUUUGGACAUGAGUCAGGGGCAGGUGAAUUUUUGGCAUUGCCAUUUACCUUCAUUCACAAUCUGUUUUCAUUUAUUUAUUGGGUGACUGCCCCCAUAAAAACUAGAAAAUAAGUUUGUUAAAGUAUUUUUUAUAAACAGCCUAAUAUAAAACAUUAUAGAUUUAGUGUUUGGUUUUUUUCCUUGUAAAAGUUUGAUUUCAAAUGUUGGAAAUGUGUGCUUUAUAGUGUUUACUAAAGUGACAAAACACCAUUGGACACAGUAUAGAUUCCAAAAUAUAUCAUUGCACCAAAUAGAAAUGUAUAUUUUAUUAUGCAAUGCCUUAGUCAUAAACUGGGCUCAAACGAUUCUCAGCCUAAAACACUGUUGUCUUUUAAAAUGCUUCCAACCCAAAGGCCUUUCAUCUCAAUAUCUGUCAAACUUGAAUAAUGUCUUCUCUUUAAUAUUACAUAUAAGGCAGCCUAUUAACCUGUGUCUUAGAAAUGUAUAUAGUUCUUUUAAUAUUCAUAGGGUAUAUUUUUGGUGAGUAUUUGUUGAAUUUGAGAUUGCAUACAAGAAUAGAUGUUUAAGAAAUAGUAGGAAAUUCCAGUGAAAUGGCUGUUUCCACCAAGAAUUCUUAGCACUGGUGUAAAUAUCAUGGUGCCUACUCGAAAGAAAUGUAGAUGCUAUGCAUUUUGAAAAUAAUCUGCAUCUGUUAAAAUUGCAGAAGUUUUUUAAUGCCACUUUAACACUAAUGCACUGACAGAUUCUAAAUAUUUUGUGAGAAGAAAUGUUAAAAAUUUUUAGCUUGACAGGUUUCUAUAGAGAGUGAUUGUUUUGUUUUUCCCUUGCACCAUUGGUUUUGUAUCACUUUACAUUUGCAUGUUCAAUUUGUCAUGGCUGGAAUUGUACGAAAAUAAGAAUGAUUGUAACUUCUAGUUCUUAUCUAGAGGAUGCUGCUAGAAAAUGGUUUUGCUUUGCAUUUUAUAACUUGUUACUCUGGUAACAUGUCUUCUAUCCCUCUUCCUUCCAGUCUUCAGUAUUUACUAGAGUUCCCUUUGCAUGUUGCACUCUGUUCUCAUUUGGAGAUUGGACUCUAACACAGUAUUCAUUCAUCUGUGUUACUUUGUAAAAAUAACUGUAGCUUGUAUUUCUUAUUUGUACAUACCAAUGUGAAAAUCUACCCUUUUUUAAAUGUUGAGAUUAUCUUUUGAUCAGGAAGUUUGAGUGCUAUGCAAAUAAUACAGUAAUUUUUCUUUGCAUGCCAUAUGUAAUAUACCUAGCCAAAAUAGAUGUGGUGGCUUUUUUUUUUUUAAAGCAGAUUACUUUAAAAGCAAAUAUAAUUCACUUGAAUUGACAAAGCAGAUGAGUUUUCUGGGUUCUCUGAUAACCUGUAGGAGUGUGUGGAUGUCAGCUAGGCUCAGUGAAUCUCCACUGUACUGUAAUAAUGGUUAUUUACCUCUGUGCUGUUUUAAUUACCUAAUGUCUAUGUAACUGCUGAUUUGGGUAGUGAUUAGCAUUUAGAUAUUUUGUAACAUAGGAUUUUAGAGAGCACUUUGAAAGAUAACAUUUUAUUAUGAUGGUGCUAGGUAAAAAUUUGUAAAGACUGGGAUGGUUAUGGAUAGAAAAAUUGAAUGAAAGAACCUGUUGAGGAAUUUCUGUUGUCACCUUCUAAGCUAGAGCAGUUGUUGAAGGUACUGCUGAAACCUGUUUUUCCUUAACAUCAGUAGCUGAAUUAUGAAAUGAGAAGCUUAGAAGGCUCUUCUUUUUCAGCCCCCCCUUUAUUGUAGGUUAGUUUAUCUGAUAAUUUCUAUUAUGAAAAUCAUUUUGAUAUAAAUACCAGAUUUAAAAGUUCAAUGUAAGUUUGAUCUCAGGAGUAAAAGCAAUUAUUUCCAGUGUCCUUUAUUGUAUUGACUGGGAUUUGAUCUGUUUCUGGAAAUGUUUAAAAAUUGGAUAGCACAGAAUUCUGUUGGUUUCUUCACUGUCAUCCUACCUUACCUCAAUUAACGAAAGACUCAUCACUCCUGAGGGAAGCACUGAUUUGCUUCCUGUUUCCCAUCUCUAACCUCCAGCACAGGGUGGAAACAGUGCUGAAAGAAUUUUAGCAGAUGGUACUUUUCUCAGUGACCUCUGGAAUAAAAGAACUCUGACUUUUGUUAGUUUUAAAAUUAUCACUCUUUGCAUGAAGGUCAGUUUUUUUUUUUUUUUCCUUUAGAUUUGUUUUUAAAUGUUUUAGUCCAGGGGAUUUUGCCUUAUGCUGAGGUCAAACUAAGGCCAAGCAAGCUUUUGUCCUUCAUAUUAUAACUGUAUGUCAUUAUAUAUUGACUUGAGAUAAUUCUAUAUAAGAAAAAGGCAGAAGGGUAGAAUGGAGAAUCAUUUAUAUUUUGAUUUGGAAAUUAUGAAACUUCAGCAUAUUAUGAUCAGACAUAUUUUGAAGAACAAAUGUUUAGACUGACCAAAGCUCACUUGUUUUUGCUUAGUUAGGUGCUUCUGAACUUGAGUCCAGCUCCCCUUCUUGUAGUAUUGUGCAUAUGUCUCUUCUUCAAGUUUAUUUCCCUCAGAUCCAUCUUCCAUUCUUGCCCUCCAUGCUCCUUGUAGCAGGAUGCUGGCAGCUGUGUUGUCCUCCUGUUGUUCCUGGUAUUCCACGAGUCCACUGUCAUGGCAGACCCAAGCUCAGACCUGCCUCCAUCUGACAGCGGUGGGUUUCUUGAAACCACAGUGCUGAGACAGCUUAUCUGAAGCAAACUCUAUUCUUGCAGUGUGUUGUUUCCUUUGUGACUCAAGGGUGAAUUAAAUUGCCUGUGAACUGCAAACUUGCUUAAGAUUGACUUGGUGCAAUAAAGUUUCUUUCUAACCAUUUCUGGUUUAGAAAAUACUCAGCCAUCCUAGAAACUAGCAAUAUUUAUUUUUGCCUCAUUUGUUUUGCCUUCAGUUUUAGAUGAGGUAAAUUUUUUCGUCUUUCACUUAUGGGUACUAAGCAAGGCCCAUUCCAGUGUUGCUGAAGAGAAUGCAUAUUUGGCUACACUGUUUCUGUGUACUGUAUUUUGCUCCCUAUUUUAUGUCUAAAGGCUAUUGUUUUUGUUUUAGAAUCUUAAUAAUGGCUCAUUUCCAGUAUGUCAGUUUCAAAGAACUAAGGUUUGCUACUAGUGUCAGCCAUUUACUCUCCCGCUGAUUGGGAUUUUUUCUUUUUUUUUUUUUAGAAGAGAUUUUCUCCUCCCUGCCCCCUGAAAUACAAGUUUUAGAGAAUCCUUUAAGAGGGGUGGGUGCAUGUCUUAAUGCUGGGAAGCAGCAACUUUGGGGUUGGAUUUACUUGAAUGGAUUAAAAAUUGCAUUGUUACAGAGCUAGAAAAAUUUACGUAUAAAAAAUGAUAAUAGCCUUACACUGAGUACAAAUAAUACUUACAAGCAUGUGAAGAUGUGAUCAUUUGUGAUGUUACUUGUAAAAAAAAAAGUAUAUAUACAUAUCUUUUGAAGUGUUGAAAGGAAAAUAGUACUUUAUAUUCUUUAUCAUAUCACUUUUUGUAAGUGUUGAAUAUAUUCCUGUUUAUUUUUCUAUGUUCUGUUUUGUAGCCUUAAGAAGUGUUUCAAACAUAUCUGAAUGUACAAAAUAAGAGUAAAUGCCCUACAUGGUGUGAUGCUGCAUUAUAUAUAAAACUGUGUGCAUAUAUUAAAUUUUGUCUCUUGAUCCUA